GCUCCCCUCCAGGCUUGCUCCUCCCCCACCCAGCUCUUGUUUCCAAUGCACGUACAGCCCGUACACACCGUGUGCUGGGACACCCCACAGUCAGCCGCAUGGCUCCCCUGUGCCCCAGCCCCUGGCUCCCUCUGUUGAUCCCAGCCCCUGCUCCAGGCCUCACUGUGCAACUGCUGCUGUCACUGCUGCUUCUGGUGCCUGCCCAUCCCCAGAGGCUGCCCCGGAUGCAGGAGGAUUCCCCGCUGGGAGGAGGCUCUUCUGGGGAAGAUGACCCACUAUAUGAGGAGGAUCUGCCCAGAGAAAAGGAUCCACCCAGAGAGGAGGAUCCACCCAGAGAGGAGGAUCUACCUGGAGGGGAAGAUCUACCCGGAGACGAGGAUCUACCUGAAGUUAAGCCUAAAUCAGAAGAGGGCUCCCUGAAGUUAGAGGAUCUACCUACUGUUGAGGCUCCUGGAGAUCCUCAAGAAUCCCAGAAUAAUGCCCACAGGGACAAAGAAGGGGAUGACCAGAGACACUGGCGCUAUGGAGGCGACCCGCCCUGGCCCCAGGUGUCCCCAGCCUGCGCGGGCCGCUUCCAGUCCCCGGUAGAUAUCCGCCCCCAGCUCGCCGCCUUCUGCCCCGCCCUGCGCCCCCUGGAACUCCUGGGCUUCGAGCUCCCGCUGCUUCCAGAACUGCGCCUGCGCAACAAUGGCCACAGUGUGCAACUGACCCUGCCUUCCGGGCUAGAGAUGGCUCUGGGUCCCGGGCGGGAGUACCGAGCUCUGCAGCUGCAUCUGCACUGGGGGGCUGCAGGUCGUCCGGGCUCGGAGCACACUGUGGAAGGCCACCGUUUCCCUGCCGAGAUCCACGUGGUUCACCUCAGCACCGCCUAUGCCAGAGUUGACGAGGCCUUGGGGCGCCCCGGAGGCCUGGCCGUGCUGGCCGCUUUUCUGGAGGAGGGCCCAGAAGAAAACAGUGCCUAUGAGCAGUUGCUGUCUCACUUGGAAGACAUCGCUGAGGAAGGCUCAGAAACUCAGGUCCCAGGACUGGACGUAUCUGCACUCCUGCCCUCUGACCUCAGCCGCUACUUCCGAUAUGAGGGGUCUCUGACUACACCGCCCUGUGCCCAGGGUGUCAUCUGGACUGUGUUUAACCAGACGGUGAUGCUGAGUGCUAAGCAGCUCCACACCCUCUCUGACGCCCUGUGGGGACCUGGUGACUCUCGGCUACAGCUGAACUUCCGAGCAACGCAGCCUUUGAAUGGGCGAGUGAUUGAGGCCUCCUUCCCUGCUGGAGUGGACAGCAGUCCUCGGGCUGCUGAGCCAGUCCAGCUGAAUUCCUGCCUGGCUGCUGGUGACAUCCUAGCCCUGGUUUUUGGCCUCCUUUUUGCUGUCACCAGCGUCGCCUUCCUUGUGCAGAUGAGAAGGCAACACAGAAGGGGAACCAAAGGGGGUGUGAGCUACCACCCAGCAGAGGUAGCCGAGACUGGAGCCUAGAGGCUGGAUCUUGGAGAAUGUGAGAAGCCAGCCAGAGGCAUCUGAGGGGGAGCCGGUAACUGUCCUGUCCUGCUCAUUAUGCCACUACUUCCUUUUAACUGCCAAGUAAUUUUUUUUAAAGUAAAUAUUUAUAAUAAAA